GCACAAAAAAGUAACUCAAUGAUUAACGCCCGGAACGGCGCAAAUAUUAUGUCGCUGCAAGUGUCCAAUCAAAACCCGUCCGGACGUCGUACGCCACAGGUGUAUCAAGGGUUUGGUGGUGUUGUUGCUGCAGCACCGAGCGUAACGACAACACCAACGGCCACUAAUGGUGGUGGUCCAGCCAAUGCUGCUGGCGGAUCCGUUGGCCGGCCGGCAAAGGGAAACAACAAACAGUCACAGAUCCCUGUAGCAAUCGGUAGCAUUGUCGGCACACCAUCGAACCCUGAUACGACUGCACCACAGACGCCCGUAGUACACGCCGGCAUGGCCGGUACGAUUGAUGCAACGCCCGGCAAAAAGCAAGUCCAAACAGAUCAUUUGUACGGCAUGAAAGUACAGCAGGGUGGCUCGAUGGUUCCUGUUCCUACCGGUACAAAUCGGCCAUCAACCACAAACGGAUCCCAACCGGCUGGGAACGAAAAGUUGCGGAAGAGCUCCACCGGCGGUGGCGGGGAAGGUUUGGGGUCGAAAAAGCCAGAACCGACCGCGUCACAGCUCCCAGUACUUGGUGAAGGUGGUGCUGCAAAAGGACGCGCACCGUCAAAUGCUCGUACUCAGCAAAAGCAAUCCUCGGAUGAAGGGGCCACAGCAAAGGAAUCGGCGGAACACCAGCCAAAAUCGGAAAAGAAGGUCAAUUCUGAGUUUGAACAUUCGCUGCUGUUUGAAAAAUCACUUAAAGGAUUCACCACGGACGGCGAGGAGAUGGAUUCGCUUCUGCUGGAACCGUGGGAUAUUGAAGAUACUCAGCCGCUGGCCCCUUCGAGCGCGGGAAAAUCCAAGAUGUCCGCCAAACAAACAAAUCCCACUGGCAAAUCGCCAGGCAAACUGGACACUGCGGCCGGUGCUGCUCUGAACAAGGAAGAAGCCAAUAGCCCGAAAAAGAAGCCACAAACAGCCGAAGCGGCGGAGGCUGGUGAGAAGAAUCGUUCGCCUAAAGCGACCCAGAAGGGUGUCGAGCCGGAGGUCCCAUCUACACCAACCAACGGUGGCGAUUCGUUGAUCGGACGCCCGCUACGUUCCAUUUCCGGCCGCCGCUCGACACGCCCGAUUGCGGACAUUAAAUUCACGCAUCACCGUCGCUCGGCCGCUAACGAUUCAAUUUCCAGCAUGAACGUUACGAUUGGUUCGGAGAUUGGAAGCGACAGUCUACUGUUGCGUACGCCGGGAUCUGCGUCGCGCAAACGCAAAGACAUGACGCCAGAAUCGACUUCGGAUGAUGCACCGGUGGUGGAAAGUCCGAAACGCGCCCGGCUCGAUUUCAGCGGUUUGUUCGGCAUGGUUGCCACACCGGUGACGAUGUUGAAGAAUCGACUGUCGCGUGUCAAGCUGCACAGCACACCCCGCUCGCUGACCGUUGAUGAGGAGGAUGCCUCGAAGGUGGUUACGGCUGAAGCCACCACCACCACUACCAACAAUACGCCGACCGAGAAGGAUACGGAUGCUGCUGGCAACGCAAUGGAGGUAGAUGUAGCCCCAAAGGAAAAGGCUGACGAGGCCGGGCAGAAGCCAGAGCCGGAGAAGGAUGCCGAGGGGGGCCAACAACAGCAACCGGAAGGUUCCUCCGCUACCUCCGUUGCUGAUGAUGAGGUUGAGGUGAAGAUCGUCACCGAUCAGCAGCAACCGCAGAAGCAGUGGUGUAGUAUUAUGUAA